AAAGUAGUAAUAUUUUAGAAUUAGAAUUAAAUGAGAAUUGAAGGUCAUCUUUUGAGAGAGAGGUUGCCGGAAAACUUGGAAGCGGAUCGAGAAGAAGAGGAAGAUGAUGAAGAAGAAGAUGUUUGUUUGAGCAGUGAGAUUUAUUUAUUUAUUUAUUUGCUUGCUGCUGGGUUUCUUUUCCUCACAAUCACAACAUACAUUAUUAAUCCUGAUUUCUUAGUUCUAUUUGAUAUGAUCCGCUAGUGCUAGCUAGCUAGUAGCAUAUAUUAUUUUGGGUUUAAUGAUUAUGAGAUGAAGAAGAAUUGAUUAGGUGAAAGAGUUGUGAGUGGGAGAUUUGAGAUAUGGAGAUGGAGAAUGGAAAUAAUAAUAAUAUGUUAGAAUAUGAAAAGAAAUUAGGUGUAGAUGUAGAUGUAGCAGUAGUAGAUCAAAGAGGAGAGUCUCCUUCUCCUGCUGUUGCUGGUUGCAUUCAACACCCAGUUUCCAAGAUGGACACUUUGGCUGGCAUUGCCAUCAAGUACGGGGUUGAGGUUUCCGACAUAAAAAAGAUGAAUGGUUUGGUUACAGAUCUUCAAAUGUUUGCUCUCAAAUCUCUUCAGAUUCCUCUACCGGGAAGGCAUCCUCCGUCUCCAUGUUUAUCCAAUGGCCAUGGGCAAGGCAGUUCAAACCACACCCCACCUCGCCGUGUGUGCCGUGAACUGUUUGAUCCAUUCCAGACCCUAAAAGUAAAGUCUCCCCAGUGGAAGGUCUCUCCAGCCAUGAGUUCUUUACAAGGUUACUAUGGGCUUAAAACAACAGAUCAAAAAUCAAUAGCUGAAGGUUUUGAAAUGGCAGUCUACAGAAAAGGAGGUUCUCAUUAUUUAGAAGAUGGGCCAUUUCCCAGUGCCUCACUAAUUUCCAACCCAUCUUUGAGCCAUCAUCGAAAAUCUAAAAGCUUGGUUACUGCUUUAUUGGAUGAGAAUGGUGUAAUAGCAGGCAUUGUGCCUGUUGCAGAAGCUAGGGAUGGUGACUCUGAUAGAUGGAGUGAGAAACUAGUCAGAAGGCGUCAGAAAUCCGAAGCUGACUUCACUUCCAACACACCAGAAAUGCUGUUGGAGAAUAACAGCAACAGUGGUGGGUUUUCUGCAAUAACGGGGAAAGGCUUAGCUUUGAGACCUAAAGCAGCAAACCGAACUACUUCAAUUAGUGAUGCUGAAGCAAGUGGGUUGAUUCCUAUACCAAUUGGUCUGGGGGAUUCUAUGAUGACUGAUGGCUUAUCUGGGGUUAGGAAGUCAUCAAGCACAUCAAGUUUGCAGGAACAGGACAACAAUAGUUCUUCAUCCAUCUGGAGUAGUACAAGGUGGAGUCUGAAGCCAGAUUUGCAGAGCCUUUCAACUGCAACCAUUACAAAACCGAUCUUUGAUGGCUUACCAAAGCCCAAGCCAAUAAUAGGUCGAAGAAACAAAGCUGCGCUUGACUAAUUCACGUAAUUUUCACUCAGGCCUUUUGAUGGGUAAAUAGAGAGACAGAGAGAAGAUAGAAAAAGUUAAAUAAGCCAAUUAAUUAAUCACAAUGUUGCAUCCAUUUUCUGUUUUCUGGAGAUGUUACAUGUCUAUUAAGGAGGCUAACAUGUAGAGCAAAGAAACGGGCAUUAAAGAAGGAACUGUAUGUGUUUGGUUUGGAAGCAUCCCCUUCUUACGUCUUGUGUAAAGAUUUUUGCUAGAGGAUUAUCUAUAUAUAGAAUGUAUAUUAGAUUUUAGAUAUCCUCCAAUUGGAGUAAAAAAAAUUGUUUAUACAUGUAUUCUUAUAUUGUUUAUUUGUUUCGACUUGCACUUUCUAAGGUUGACAUUGCUACGGUUGCCUUUUUUGGUGUAUUUUCUAUCACACAAUUGACACUAAAUCUGUUAUUUCAGGUGUGUCUGUGAGCGAAAUUAUAUUUUUGUUUUGAUUCAGAUUCUUCUUCAAUGGGCUUGUGAGAUCAACAGAGAAGGCUGUAAUUUGGCUUGCAUAUGCUGACUCGAGUAGGAAGCACUUGCCAGCACACGCAUAUGCUGACUCGAGUAGGAAGAUUUGGCUUGCAUGUGCUGACUCAAGGAGGAAGCACAUGCCAACACACGCAUUACAUUGCUUAGGGUUUGUAUUGGAUAUUUGCUUAUUUGCAUCGACUAUAUUUUGCUUAAAAUAUCAGCUGAGUAAGAGAUAGAGCUAUUCUCAGUACAUUACCGGAUUUUGUGCCAUUUGGAUUGAAACAUUCUACUGGUACCCAUCAAAAAAAAAAGAAACAUUCUACUGGUAGAUGCACUCAUAAACAAGCUGACUUGAUUCCGUUAUUCAUAGAUUGAUUUGAGUUUGGGUUAUGCACACUAGGCAACAAGUGAGAAGUCUUGGCCAAGGUCUCUGUUAAGCUGACAGAGAAGUAUUUAACUUGGAUUGUUGAGGUUGUAUGGACUGAGGAAGAACUAAAAAGUGCAGGAAGGAAAGCGUAUUUUAACAAACACUCUUAAAGGAAGAAGACCCGUAGAAAGGACCAUUAAGGACUCUUUUAAG